ACUUGCUUCUUUGAUCCUCCUCCACCACCUCCACCUCCAGUUCCUCCUUCUUUUCUUGUGGUUUCAUUUUUUUUCCUUUUCCAACUUCACUAUUUGUUGUCAACAAUUUUUUCCUUGUCCUCCUCAUCCUUCUCUGUCUAUUGUCGUGCUACCUGCUUUUUUCCUCCUCCUCCACCUCAUUUCCCGAUUGCUGAUUUUUCCCUCUCCAUCCUUGUCUUUUCCUUUUUUCCUCUGUCUUUUUCCUCAAGCUCCUUCUCCUCGUCCUUCUUGUCAAGUCAUGGUUGCUGCUUUUUUCCUCCUCCUCCACAACCUCCACCUGCACCUUACCCUGCUUGUUUUGUUUGCGCUGCUUCUUACCUGCUCCUUGUCCUCCCCUUUUGUUCCUUCUCCAGCUCAGUUUCCUGUCGUAGCUCUUCUGCUCCACCAGCACCUCCACUUCCUCCUCCUCCACUAUAUUUCAAACUUGCUGCCUUUUUCCUCAUUGACCUCAUUUUGUAGCAGAUACUAUUCUCCUCCUCCUCCAUCACCACCUCCACCAUAUUUCGAAGACGUUGGUUUAUUCCUCUUGCUCCUAAUUUUUUGUCGCUGUUUUUCCCUCCUCCUCCACCAUUUUUUGAAGACAUUGGUUUUUUCCUUUUGCUUCGAUUUUUUUGUUUCGUUUUUUUUUUUUCUCCUCGGCCUCUUCUACCUCAUUGCAUCACUGCUGCUUUUUCCGUCUCCCUCCUUGUCAUUUUGUGGUCACAGCUUUUUUGCUUUCCCUCCUCCUCUACCUCCAGCUGCAUCUUACCCUCCUUAUUUUGUCAUCACCUCUUUUUUCCUUCUCCUCCUCCUCAUUUUUUGGUGCUGCUUUUUUCCUUCUCUUCGUCCUCUGCCUCCUCCGUCUCAACCUCCUCUUCAUUUCAUCAUCCCUUCUUUUGUUGUCCUCCUCUUCCUCCUCCCCCUUUGUGUUCCAUCAUCCCUAUUCCUUUCCUUGUCCUCCUCUACCCCCUGCUCCAUCUUUUCCUUUCCCUAUCGCUUCUCUGCUUCUCUUGUUUCUCCUUUUCCUCCUUUUUGUUUUUCAUGGCUUUUUCCUCCUCUCCUUCCGUUACUUUUUCUUCCUUUCUCCUUUUUCUCCUCCUCUUUUCCUAAUUUGCUCUACCUCCCAAUACCCCUCCUCAUCUGUCGUCUCCUUCCCUCGUUGUUGUCACUUACCUCCACCUCCGCCACCUCCUCCUCCACCUUUUUUUGUGGUUUCUUUUCCUUUUCCUACUUUUCUGUUUGCUUGUAAUUUUUUGUCUAGUUUUCUUUCCGCCUCUUCCUCCUCCGCCGUCUCAUCCUCCAUUUUUUUUUUUUUGUGGUUUCUUUUCCUUUUCCUACUUCACUGUUCAUCGUCAUCAAUUUUUUCCUUGUUCUCCUCAUCCUUCUCUGUCUAAUGUCGUGCUUCCUGAUGUUUUCCUCCUCCUCCUCCUCCUUCUUCACCUCAUUCCCCGAUUCCUGUUUUUUCCCUCUCCAUCCGUGUCAUUUCCUUUUUUGCUGCUAUUUUUUUCCUCCUGUUCCUUCUCCUCGUCUUUCUUAUCAUGUCAUGGUUGCAGAUACUAUUAUCCUCUUCCAUCACCACGUCCACCAUAUUUCGAAGACGUUGGUUUAUUUUUCUUGCUCCUAAUUUUUUGUCGCUGUUUUUCCCUCCUCCUCCGCCAUUUUUCGAAGACAUUGGUUUUUUCCUUUUGCUUCGAUUUUUUUUGUUUGUUGUCUCGGCCCACUCCUUCUCGGCCUCUUCUACCUCAUUGCAUCACUGCUGCUUUUUCUGUCUCCCUCCUUGUCAUUUUGUGGUCACAGCUUUUUUACUUUCCCUCCUCCUCUACCUCCAGCUGCAUCUUACCCUCCUUAUUUUGUCAUCGCCUCUUUUUUCCUUCUUCUCCUCAUCCUUAUUUUUUGUUGCUGCUUUUUUCCUUCUCUUCGUCCUCUGCCUCCUCCGUCUCGACCUCCUCUUCAUUUCAUCAUCCCUUCUUUUGUUGUCCUCCUCUUCCUCCUCCCCCUUUGUGUUCCAUCAUCCCUGUUCCUUUCUUUCUCCUCCUCUCCCCCCUGCUCCAUCUUUUCCUUUCCCUAUCGCUUCUCUGCCCCCCUUGUUUCUCCUUUUCCUCCUUUUUGUUUUUCAUGGUUUUUUCCUCCUCUCCUUCCGUUACUUUUUCUCCCUUUCUCCUCCUUCUCCUCCUCUUUUCCUAAUUUCCUCUACCUCCCUAUAGCCCUCCUCAUCUGUCGUCUCCUUCCCUCGUUUUUGUCACUUACCUUAUCCUCCUCGUCCCCUUUCUCCUCCUUUUAUCCUCAUUGCUGUUCUCCUCACCAUUCUCCUUCCUGGCCCCUUGUUGUCACUCUGCUCCUCCUCUUUUUAUCCUGGCCACCUUGAUGCUUCUCUUCCAAAAAAGCCAGCAAUUGUUACCCUGAGCAUAAAAGUAUUGCUGAGGAAAGAAAGGUUGAGGGGAAGUGCUGUGUCUUGGCCUGGAUGGAUAGUGAUUGUGCAGCCCUGGCAAAGGGUUGGCUCGUCCAGGAUUGGGAGGUGCAAGAAAUGCACCUGUGUCUGCUGCCUGAGCUGGGCUUAGUGAAUGGCUGGCCUGCCCUGGGAGCAUUUUUUGUGGCUGAAGGCUGUUUUCUGUGAGGGUGUUGUCUUCAGUCUGCGAUCUUUUCAGCGGUUGUGUUUCUCAUCGUUUUUGUCUGUGUGCUUAUUGAGGUAGUGUGAAGUGCAGAAAGCUGUCAGACUCGUGCUCCACCUCCAAAGGAAGUCAUUCCUGUCUGUUCUUCCUAGCAGCUCAUCAAGACACGCACGGUGAGAUGGAAAAGCAACAUGGCUUGGAUUGGAGGGUUUUUUCCCUUUGUUAUCAAUAAAUAAUAAAUAUGGUCUGUGUUUUUCGUUUGCCCCUGUGUGGGUCUUUCCCACUGCGUAUUCUGUUAUAAUCUUUUCAUAUGCAUAAACACUGCAAUGGCAUCGUGUCUAUUUUUGGACCUGAGGUAUUUGAGCCUGCCCCUGGUUGUGCAGCAUAGGUGUGUGAGCAGAGCGAGGGUAUGGUAACAGAGCUGGGCCUUGUCAUUCAGGCAGAUGGUUAACAUAGCAAUGUUAGGUCAGCAACAGUUUCAAAAUGGAAAGCCUUGCAGCGAGCCUGGAAUAUCCGUGCUGGAACUGGAACAAAUGAGCCAUUCACAAGGAAUGUUUUAUCGAUGGUCCGAAGGAAAGGAAGGAGAGAGAACCCGAGCAGAAAGUCCUUACAGUUCAAUGCAGUGUGGCCUUGACGCUUCCUUUGGUGAGGCUGUUUUUAAGUAGCGUGGGGCAAGAUGGCAAUGCUUGUGACGUAGCUGUUAUCAAAUGAGGCACAGCGAUGCCUGUUAACAGGGACCGUGUUUCACCCGUGGUUUUUGUUAGGCUGGGCAGUGCAUUCCCUGUCAGUGGGUGAAUGAAUCCACUAUUUUCCUGGCAAGGAAUGGGAGGGUGGGGGCAUCUGCUGCAAUGGUUGUGGUAGAGCAGCUUCAGGGAAGGUGAGUUCUGUCCAUCCCGAGCUGUAUGCAGCAGAAAGGCUGGUAGUGCUGUAACGACAGCAAUCUUAGCUUCAGAAUGAGAGUGGUAUGAAAGUAUUACUUGGAGAUUUCUAGCUCACACUGAGAAUGAGUUUUGAAGCCAAUUUCUUGAUAGUCUCCUUUUAGCGUCCUUGGAUUUUCAUCCUUUUGCAGAACGUGAACUGGAAUGAUUGUAGCUAGCUGAAGUAGACAGCGAGUUCCAGGAGUGCAUGGAAUGCGCUUCAGUAACAGCAGAGUGGGCAUAUAGUUAGCAAUAAAGGGUGGAACCCCUGGAAGGUCUUCAGUGUGAAUGGCAGGUCCUCCUGAGCACCAGGUUUGUUUUGUUUUUUCCUUCUGAUGGAUCUUCUGUUGGGCAGCUCUGCUUGCUCAUGCAGACCUGGCUUGUAUUGUGGCAACAGGAAUGUUCACACAAGGCGUAUGUCAGUGGCUGCCCUAUGUGUGCGUCCAGCUCAGUUCAGAGGGCAAGUUUACAUUGCUGUGGUAGCAAUGUCUGAUGUAACAGAGUGUGCAAACUAAAUGCACGCUGCUGCUUUUCUUUGUUACUUUGACUUCAGACAAGGGGUGAUGAGAAGGAAGGUGAAGGUUGGUACUGGGAAGACGGUGGAACUUGUUGGGAAGACCUUUGCUGCUUCGUGAUCCGUAUUCAUCUCCUGGUACCUUAUUAGUUCUUGUGCAUGUGCUCUGUGAGCCUUGGCCACAAAUGUGUGCCGGAGAUAGAGCAACCUGAGCAGCGAUGCAGUCAGUGCAGCAGCUGUGAGUUGAUGUCUGCAAGGUCCCUCAGGAAGUUAGGAUAACCCUGACCAGGAGGGCAGCGGUCAGAUUAACAGGAGCAAUCGUGGAUCCUUGUGCUGCAUCUUUCCAGUCACUGUGAGUUUUGAAGUGGCCAUGUCAGGUAUUCCAGGUGUGACAUUUCUGCCUGCAGUGAACAACUUGAUUGUUCUCUUUCUGGAACUACAGACUUGCUGCGCUGUGUGGCAAACCUCAAAGGAGGGAAGUGCUAACCUCGUGCUAGUUAAUUUCCUUGGGCUGUGACGUGUUCUUUGUAAGAGUCCCCUUUUUGCAUAAGGAUUCACUGAGGAUACAGCCCGUGUCCCUGUUUUGCGUACAUACUUACAUUUAAAAAAGGAAGAAAAAAAAAAAAAAAAAAGGAGA